UCGAGGAAAAAUCAAGCGUCUGUUGAAUUUAUUCAGUGCAAAGUACUCGAAGUGAUCGGACGAAUAUAACCAUUUUCAUCCUCUCACUAUAAAACCGAAGUUUAUUUAAUAAAGCGUAAACAUUUGCAGCUGGCUAGGAAAUCGAGUGGGCCAUGAAGUUUUUGCUGUUUUGGAGCGCAUUUUGCGUGCUAGCGGUUCCUGGGUCCGGACGAGUGGUCCAAGAGUCGCUCGACAUUAUACGAUUGAUCCAGGAUGUAACUCACUCCAUUCUCAAGUCGUGGGACAUGAUGAACAAAAUGUCGGAGGUCACCGCCGGGUCUUUGAUCUACGAGAAUCAACGCAAAAUGAUAAAUAAACUCGAUGAGGUUAACGGAAAUAUCCGUGAUUUGGAAGAGUUGCAGGCGAAGAAUACGGCAUUGAUCAUUGAUACUCUAUUAAGGGAGAUGCAAGAUAAAUCCCAGUUGCUGCACCGGCUGAACCAAUUUAAAGACAUCACCAAGUUAAUAGAUCUUCGCAGCGACCAGCUAGUUGGUUACGAGCAGAACCGCGAAUCCCUGGAGCCCAUUACUCUUAUAAACUUUGCCAAAUGGAACGUGAAUCCCGGCUCUAAUUCGGUUUCCUGGUUAUUGCAAUUGCUGCACGACAGUCUAUACUCCACGGAAGACCAGGAUUACUCACACUCUUUAUUAUCGCAACUAACAGCCAGUUUUGAAACCUCCCCGGACCAAAUGUGCCUGGCCAGGCAAUCCGCCCAACAGUUCGCCUAUCAACUCUUUACCAAGGCAAUUCUUACAGAAUUAAAAGGUUACAGCAUGAUCGAAUUCUCAUGGAUGGUUCUGCGGCAAACCGGUCAAGGAAACUUCACCCAAGAACUGCUAUUGAUGCGACAGAACCACCAGAAACGCAUCGAUCAGGCAACAGAGGUGCUCCAAAAAGUCAUGUCCAAAAGCACACGUCUUUACUGGCGCUGCGAUCCCGAAAAAAACAACCAUGUGGAGGGCAAAACCUAUGGCCGCGUCACACGUCUGCUGCAGGGUUUUGUUGAGAACGAGGUUAACCUGAAUCCGGAUCAGCAUUGCCGAGGCACUUGCCAGGACUACCACGACACACGCAUAAGUGGUUGCUAUGACCCAGAUAAUGAGUUCUGUAGCCAGCAGCCGACUUGCAAUGGAAGGCUCUAUAACUGUAACUUAAUAGAGUCCGAUAUAUCAAUAUGCCUAUCCUCCAACACCUCUAUAAGGCGCUAUGAGUAUAUCACAUCAAAUGACGAUGGGCACAGUUGCGAUUCCAAGGUGAAGAAGCCCUCCUCGUGGUCAAGUUGGAUCUUCUGGCGCUGCCACUAUUGCUUCUGCUUGUGUGAUGAACCGGGACCGAAGUCCGAUCGCUACUUCAAUCUCCGCGACGCCUUGUCGGAUUUUAUGGCGAACAAGAUUGUAACUGGAGUUCGGUUUGUUAAGAGUCAGCGCGUUUUCCACAUGCAACUGCAACAGGCCGAGCUCCUACCCCGUGGAACCAUCAAUACCAGUUCAAUAGAAUGGAUGCCCGUAGAAAACUACAACGUGAGUGAGGUGGAUAUACGUGAUGGCUACGACUAUCACACUUUAAGCAUGGACAGUAGGGCUCUUGACCUGGAUGAGAUUUCUGCUAACUCGACGGACCAAGUGGUCACUGGUGCUCGAUUCCGAAUCUUCAAAAAACACCUUAACCUUGAGGUGCGUUUUAGUUUCUUUAAUUUCUCCAAUGGUCGCUUGAUCGAACCUCGGACAAAGAGCUAUUGGAUGAGGAAUGACAAUUCUCAUCUUGACGGUCAGCGUAAGAAAUUGAUUUUAAAAGAGAGUGAUUUACCCACCGCCUCGGACUUACCAUCUCAACCGAUGUCUAGGAACAACCAAUACAUGGAGUUUUAUAGCUCCAGCCAAGUAAAGGAUGCUGCCCAGAAUACUUUACCUUUCUUGGAUCUGCAGGAGGUGGUUCCCAAUCCACCGGUUCCACUUGCCGGAUUGGGUAUCUACUACAAAGGACGACCUGGUUAUGGCGGCUUCUUUGCCCCCAAAGUGGUAACUAUGGAUUUAUCCAAGAAAUUGUUGGAUCCUCGGGUCUAAAUGUUAUGAAAACAAAAAAAAAAUUCUUGACGAAUAUACUUCAUUUUUGAAUAUCUUAAAAAAAAAAAACUAAAUAUCCCCAGAACCAAAGGGAAACAUUUUGUAACAUGUUUAAACUUUCAUUUACUAUUUUCAUAAAUAAAAAUAUAAUAACACAAUA